UUCAUCAUUUUGAAUUUUAUCUCUCUAUCUCUUUCUAUCUGAUCUCUCUCUCCAUGUUAGAUAGCCACUCUUUCUUGUUUGGUGCUCCUUCUAAUUAUUCUGAUCAAUUUUCUUCAUCAGAAAAUGGUUUUAUUAUCAAAAGAAAAAGAAGACCUGCUGGUACUCCAGGUAUCAUCUGAUGUCCUUCGUGAGGACAUUGUCAAUCUUCGUGAUUUCAUAGAGAUGUUAAAGGAUAAAGAAGAUCAAAGUGUUUUUGACACGGAUCAAAUUGAAAAGCUGAAAUUGGAGCUGACAUUUUUGUCAGCAUGUUUACAACUUUGUUAUUACAUUUCGGAUGGUUUUAAUGCCGAAAUGUCUUGCAUAUCAUAUGAGGUUCGUGAUCUGGUUCAGUCACUUUUUCAUCAGAGUGGAGAUGACAAGCUGGUUAAAUUAAAGGAUUAUGUUGUUCCUCACCUUCUUGAAAAUAUCAAAAGUUCUAAAAUCUCAGAUCAUCAUUCUGAAUCAAGUGCCACCAUGACCGAGGAUCAGUUGGUUGAACUCUUGGACGCACUUCUUGUGAAUUUCCAUUAUAUAGCCAAGGUUCUUGCUGAGUUACUUUUGCCAUCAAGGACCCAAUAUGAGCUUCUUCAGAAUGUUUUUCGCAAUUUAAGAGAUUUUCAUGGUCUGAUAGUAAACGGUUGUACUCAGUGUAAUACAAUUGAAUGUGUCUUACCUCAGUUUCAACUUAUGGCUGAGAGAGUAGGACACUUCUGAUUUGUGCUUUUGUCUUAUCAACCUGAUAAAACAGAUGAAAAUGAAGAAGCUGAAGAAGAUAAAGAUGAAGUCUAUU